CCACCACCCAGCCGCCGAAUAAGAACACCGACCGACAACCAUAUUCAAUUGCAGCAUCUGCGACGUCGCCAUGGUUAAACGCAAGGUCGCCGCUCUCGAGAAGCUGGAUGCUGACUUCGCGAGUCUCCAGCAGAAAAUCCGUCGCGAUCCCAGAUCGUACAAAGAAGAGUUCCUGAAGCAGUGGGAGCAGUAUGAGUCCCAGCGCGAGAUCUUCUUGGUGUCUCCGUCGACCGCCACGGCCGACUCGAUCGAGUCCUUCCACAACAUCAUCGACCUGAUCGCCCACGUCGCCGAAUGCUACAAGGAGGAGACACAGUCAUUCGCGAAUGAUCUCAGCACCAUCCUCACGCAGCAUCAUGCCUCUCUCCACCCUGACCUGCGGGAAAAGAUUGCCGCGAGUAUAAUGCUGCUGAGGCGCAAGGAUAUUAUUGAUUCGACCACGGCUCUAACCACACUCUUCCCCAUCCUUGUGUCAUCGCCCAGCAAGUCCCUGCGAGCGACUCUGUUCCAGAAGAUCCUAAGUGACAUGCGAAACUCCAACACCAAGACCAUCAACCACCCCCUCAACCGCACUAUCCAGACUGUCCUCUUCAACCUCGUCACGGCCGACCGCACAUCGCCCCGGGCCAUCUGGGCCAUCAAGUUGACCCGCGAGAUGUGGAAGCGCCAGCUAUGGACCGAUUCGAAGCCCGUCGAUGUUAUGAAGGAGGCGUGUCUGUCUGACAACGAGAAGGUCGUCAUCGGCGCGGUGCGCUUCUUCCUCGGUGGAGACCAAGAGCGAGAGGACCUGGAGGAUGAGAGUAGUGAUGAGGAGGUCGAUCUCAGCAAGAUCAAGCACCAGAUUGGCAUCAACAAGAAGACAAAUAAGCAAAAGAAGGCUUACGAAAAGGCGGUCGAGAAGGUCAAGCGAAUGGAGCGCAAGAAGACCAAGCCGCAUCCGCUCAACUUCUCUGCCCUGCACCUCCUCCACGACCCUCAGGACUUUGCGGAGCAGCUGUUUUCUAAGCAUCUGCAAAACACUAAGGCAAAGCUGUCUUUGGACUCGAAGCUACUGGUGCUCCAGCUGGUUACCCGACUCGUCGGCCUGCACAAGCUGAUUAUUGUUUCGCUCUACUCAUGGUUCAUCAAAUUCCUCACUCCCCGCCAACAAAACGUCACGUCAUUCCUGGCUUCGCUGGCCCAGGCCGUCCACAACCUGGUUCCCCCGGAUGUCCUCGAGCCCUUGGUCCAGAAAAUCGCCAACGAGUUUGUGUCCGAAGGCUCUGCGUCUGAGGUUGCGUCCGCUGGUCUCAAUUCGAUCCGCGAGAUCUGCGCUCGACAGCCCCUCACCAUGACUGAAACUCUGCUACAAGAUCUAGUCCAAUACCGAAAGAGUAAGGAUAAGGGUGUCAUGAUGGCCGCCAAGGGUCUGUUGUCCUUGUACCGAGAGGUUGGCGCGGAGCUGCUGAAGAAGCGAGACCGUGGAAAGAAUGCCACUAUCAACCUAAAGAGUGGCCUCCAGCAUCAACGCAAGUUCGGUGAGGAGGACGAAGGGGGCAUCGAGGGUCUGGAGCUCUUGGCAAGGUGGAAGGAGGAUGAGAGGAAGAAGAAGCGACUUGCCCAGGGUCUCCCGGAGAAUGCUGGCAGUGAUGAGGAAGAGGACGAUGGAUUUAAAUCCGACGAAUGGGAGAUGGACUCUGAUGAUGACAGCAGCGAUUCUGGUGAAUGGAUCAACGUUGACCAUUCCGACGACGAAGACGGCCCUUCAUCAAAGAAGCAAAAGACUGGAGAUGAAAAGACUGACGAGGAGGAGGCGGCAGCGGAGCUUGAGCGCAUCUCGAAGCUGGCCACCACGACCAUUUUGACUCCAGCGGAUCUGGCCAAGCUUCAAGAGCUGCGGAUGUCUUCUUCGGUCGAGAAGAAACUGGGCACACACCGCAGGCGCCAGAAGGAGCUAGAGGACCGACACCGUGACGACGGCCUGACAGCAGAGCAGAUCGAGGCCCCAUCCCGCCUGCGCAAGCUCACCAAGGAGGAGAGAGUGGAGCUGGCCAAGGACGGCCGACCGGAUCGUGGCGAACACAAGAGCACGCAGGCAAUCAACAAGUCCAAGCUUCAGGCUUCGGGCAAGAGCACAAGCAACCGAGAGAAGCAGCGCAAGAAGAACUUCCUCAUGACGCUCGGUAAGGCCAAGAGCAAGCAGAAGAGGAGUCUGGUCGAGACAAGAAAGGUGCUUAGAGGGCAUGUGGAGAGAAGUACACGUGGAGGAAGACGGAGGAACGGCACUUAAUGGGUAGUUGUGGUUUUCAAAAAGGUGGUGUAUCAGACUCAAGACUACAUAUAACGGAGCGAAUAGACCGAGAGAUACCAAAAAGGGUAAUAUCCUGGUUAGCCAGAUGUUGUUAUCACGACUCUUCCCCUUUUACCUGACGUUAUAUGCCUCCAAUUCACCCGGGAAGCAAAAAGAACGACAAAAAAACAUACAACACCGGGCAUUCGCCGGUCGUCACCGACCCGACUACUACUCCAGCGGUCGCCAGUUUGACUAAGGGAGAGCGGACGGGAUCCCGUAUUUUCUAGCGCUUGUGGUCGUAUG